AUUUCACCCCUGACGACGAGACGGGUAUGGUUGUAUUACGAAUUUGACAUCGCUUUAAAUAAAGGUCGAAAUGAUCAGACAAAUUACAAAUAAACAUGUGUACGUUUUGUUAGCCAAUAUUUAAAGUCUGCUUUCUUUACAAUCGAUGCAUAGCAUGCGGGUUGAAUAACCCCAAUCAUUCGGCGGACGAAACCAUGCGGUUUCCAUUUCUAAACAUUCUCGUGAUGCAUUUUGGUUUGUUUUUUUGUUUGCCCAAAGAGAAAUUAUUUUUAUUUACUUUGAAUAUUUCUAACUUUGAAAGGAGACUGAUUCUGCUGGUGUAAAUAGGAGAAAGUAGAUAACUUUUUAAGAUAAAUGAUUUGUAUGAAAAAAAAUUGAUAAUGUAAUUACAAAAAAAAUCGGACCAAGCAGCUUUAAGAUUGAUAAUAAAGAACAUUUCUUUCCUCAGUGAACGUCUGCUGUCCAGUGGGUUCAAGGACAUAUAAUUAUUUUCGAUUAGCAAACUGUUGCUCAAAAGAGAUUCAAAUAAAUAAUACUAAGAAAAUCACAGAAGAAGAAGAAGAAGAAGAAGAAGAAGAAGAAGAAGAAGAAGAAGAAGACCAAAAAAAAAGCCAAAAAAAAGCCAAAAAAAAAACAAGAAUGACACGAAAUUUUACCAAAGCUAACAAUUUUUACAGGAAACUGAUUAUGGCACAACUUGAGUUUGAAUACGCUCUAAGAUACGUUGACUACUAUGGGGAAUGGGGAAUGGUAUUUGUCCGCUAUGUUACUCCAUAUUUGUGGGUGGUUCCGCUCACUGUAGCAAUUUUUCUAAUAGUUACUUUUAAGAGACUUCGUUUGUUUGGACCAAUGCAGAAAUGUCUGAUUUCAGUCAUGGCUGUUGACGUUUUCUUCGUCAUAUUAGUCGGCCUCAAAGACGCAAUUUUCAAUUUGUUGAAAUGGAACUAUGGCUUUAUUGAAUAUAGGAUUUGUAGUUUCGUGCUAAAUUUCAUUCAUAUUCAAAUCAGCAUUUACGGCACCUCGCUUUGGAUCAAAUCUCUUAUGCUUAUUCAUCGAAGUUUUAUGUUCCUUUUUCCCUUUAGAUUAAGAUAUUUUAAUGUAAAACCAUUUCUUGUUCCUUUUGCGUUCUUCCAUUUGCUAAUAAUUGUAUUGUACUGUAUCUCAACAAAUACUAUUCCGAUAAAAAAAAUUACCACCAUCCAAGAAUACGUUCCGCAGAUGCCAUUGAAAAUCAUCGAUGCGUGUAUCCUAGGAAAUGAUGACAAGUUCUUUAGUGGAAUCACAUACAUCAUUAUAAGGUGGUUUCGUUAUUUCGUCCAUAUCAUAUAUUUCGCUUUGUUGCCAUUUUGUAUUCAAAUCAUAUGUACAGUCGUUCUUAUCGUCAUGGUUAGAAAACAAAUUACAAAACUUUCCUUUUUAACUCCUAUUGGUAGGACAAAAAUUGCCCAAAAAGUGACAUACCUUGUUUUAAUCAAGGCGCACAUUUAUUUAGCCGUUUCAUUUUUCGUGCAAGAGAUUCCGAUUUAUUUCGCUGUUAUUUCUGCACUUUACAAUCAAGAUACUCCCAAUUUUCAAAAAUCGCAUUCGAUUCUUGUAGUAUAUAUUUACCAAACAUUUGCCAUCGGUAAACUAAUUGAUUUUCUUAUUUAUGCAAACCUAAGUCGUAAAGUAAAAUCUGAACUCAAGAAUCUUAUUUUUUGCAAAAAGUGGAGGAAAGAAGUGGCUCCGAAUUAAUUCAAGAGGCCUAGGGGCCACAUCGCUCACCUGAACAACAAUAGCCUUAACUCAAAUCAGCAUUACAGUAUCAAAAUUAAAAUAUAUCUUGACAACUUAGUACAAAAAUCUGCCGAUUUUUAUACAUAUAUUUACCAACAAUCAAACUUUCAGCUCAGGUGAGCUAUAAAGCGAGGUUUUUUUUAAAAUUCACAAUGGAAGAAGUGGUACAAAUGUAUUACAUAGGUACUUGCAUAAUGUGCUUGAAAAAGAUGGUAAUCACUGCAACGUCACAAUAACAUUCUGUACGUCAUGAUGUCAUUCACCAGAAUAAAUGAUCAUGAUUUGGUUGAAUCGUAAACAAUGAGGAAUUAACUAAAAAAGUUCGCCAUGUUACACCAUUAUAAAAUGACUUGGGACAAUUCACCAAAGUACUGUUAUAACAUUUCUGGUUUGUGAAUUUACCCUGAAAAUAUCACUGGAAAGAUGUCAAUCAAUUUCAGCGGUAGAAAUUUUGCAUCGACACUGGCGAUCCGUUACAUAUCACAACGGUGGUUAAUAUUGUGAAGUCCAUGUGGUAGACAAUCUUUUAAUUUGACACUCAACUUAGGUCUUUUGUUGUCUUUAUGUUAGUGUAAUUAAAUUAUUAUUAAACUUCAAAUUAGAAGUAGUAGUAAUCUUCAUUAUUCUUCAUAGAUGGAUGUAUGGGUGGAUAGAUACUGUGGAAUCAUUAGAUUUCGUGGUGGCUCAAUUGUAUCAAAGAAAUAAAUAAUA